CGUGAUGUCGGACAUGCGCUGGUCUCCGCGAGAUAAUAAAAUAGUGGAUCGCGAUGCAGACCGUAGUAAUACAUGUAGACCGAGUACCUAGGUAAUAUUUCGUAUCUCAAUCCCUAGACUUUCACGCCUUGUGUCCAAUUUGUCUUUUCCACUCGAACCUACGCAUUUGUCCGACAUGGUCGGCGUCCUUUCUACAUCCCAAGCCUUCACUUCCUUCACCUUUUCAGGCCAAAAAAGCACCAAAGCUCUAGGCUUCCCCAACGAUGCUGAAUUCCCCCUUGCUCUAAAACCGGCCGCAAAUUGGCAACCCACGCUUCAAGAAUCCGUCACCGCAAUCGAAGGACUGGCGAAAUCGGGGCAAAUUUCCAGCCUGGCCCAGAAGCAUGGCGGCGCUAUCAUCUUCCGUGGACUACCGAUUAAGACGCCACAGGACUAUAGCGAGGUCGCGCAUGCGUUUGGGUUCCGUGCUCAUGAGGAGGUGGGACGGCCACCGCUGAGGACGGUGUUGGCGAAGAAUAUUAAGACUGCGAAUGAGGGACCACCAGAACUACCUAUCUGGCCGCACAACGAGUACGGCUGGUCAACGAUUAACCCUGCGUGGUUGACUUUCUCUGCUAUAGUCAUCCCGGAGCAAGGCAACAUAGCCCUCGCAUCUGCUCUCGAAAAGCAAGCACCUGAAUUCGUUCGGACGCUGCUAAAGAAGGGUGUCCGGUACGUGUACCGCUAUGGCGUGCAAGAAGUGAAAUCAAACACCGGCACUAGCGUACUCGGAGCAUACGGCCAGACCGUGGUGCCCGGUGACGACGCAGAAACCGUGCGGAGGAAAGUGGAGGCGGAGGUGCAGCGGCAUAGUGAGAGGUUUGAGUGGCAUGAAGAUGGGUCGUUGAGCGUGAUGCAUAUUGUACCAAUCAUUAGGAAACACGAGAAACUAGGCCUGACGACGUUCUUCGGAAAUCUGACAAGCGCAUGGGGAAGGAGCAAGCAUUAUCGCGCGACGGAGCCGCCGUAUUUAGGGUCCGAUGGCUCCUACCACCCUAUUCCAGAAUAUGGCGACGGAACGCCGAUUGAGACGAAGUAUCUUGAUCUCGCGUUGGCGAUUGCGGAGGAUUCGCAGGUGUUGCUUACGUGGCAGCCGGGUGAUGUUGUGCUGAUUGAUAACCACGCUGUGCAGCAUUCGCGUUCGCCUUGGGUAGGAAACCGGACAGUGCUCGCUGCGUUAUGGGAUGAAGACGGCAAGAUAGGCGACUUUGAGGAGGGUAUUGAGAUCUUGGAGUCGAGUCCGCGGGUACCCAUAGUUGUAUAGCAAUGAUUUCUAUGCACUAAGUACUGGUGGAGGGGAGCAAACAGGUAGGGGGGAGCCGGGGGGAAGGAGCUGAUGGAUGCAAGGAUGGGCACAAGUGGGCAACCAGGCAAAGGCACCGCAACUCCUACUCGGUCCUGGCACGCUUCGAGCGUUGCAGAAUCUUCCAGUUGUCCUCCGUAAGGUCGACUCCGAUCUUGCUCAUCUGCUCCUUUGCCUUCGCACGACAUCGGCCGCCUUCCUCAUCUCAGCAACCUUGGUCUUCAGUUCUGCGUGCAUUGUCUUGGGGACAUCGAGGUCAGCAUAGG